AGCAGCUUGAGUUAAACCCGGUUUGAAGGGCUGUGGUCAUGGCCGGGGGUGGUGGAGGAGGUGGUGGGGUUUCUCCGUUGGGGCCCGCACCGCCGAUGUGGUAUCACCGGGACCUGAGUCGAGCUGCUGCCGAGGAGCUGCUUGCUCGGGCCGGGAGAGACGGCAGCUUCCUGGUGCGGGACAGUGAGAGUGUCAACGGGGCUUACGCUUUGUGUGUACUGUAUCAGAAGCAUGUCCACACUUACAGAAUUCUCCCAGAUGAGGAAGGAUUUCUGGCUGUACAGACAUCUCAGGGUGUGCAACCUAAGCGUUUUAAGACAUUACCAGAGUUGGUGUCAUUGUACCUGCAGCCCAGCCAGGGUCUGGUCACCACCUUGCUUUACACUGUGGACAGAGAGGAAACUGCUGUCAGCGAUGACAGGGACUAUUCAGAUGGGGAGGAUGAGAAGCCACCCCUCCCCCCUCGUUCUGCCUCCACCUCCACUCCCCCAGGACCAGACACACCUACAGACAGUGCUCCAGCAGCUAACGGCCUGAGCACCAUCUCCCACGAAUACUUGAAGGGCAGCUAUGCUCUGGAUCUUGAGGCAGUCAAACAGGGAGCCUGCUCCCUGCCUCACCUCAACAAGACACUAGUGGCCUCCUGCAAACGCCUUAAUGGGGAGGUGGAUAAGGUGCUGACUGGUCUGGAGAUCCUGUCUAAAGUCUUUGAUCAGCAGAGCGCUUUCAUGGUCUCCAAGAUGAUCCAACAGUCGGUGAAUCAGGGUGGAGACCAGGAGUUGGAGAAUCUCGUGACCAAGCUAGCAAUUCUCAAAGACCUGCUGUCCUCUAUAGAGAAGAAGGCUCUAAAGGCUCUCCAGGACAUGAGUUUAUCCUCUCCCUGCCCCCUUCCUCCCCUCUCCAUGCGUCACAGCAAAGCCAUUCCUGUGCAGGCCUUCGAGGUAAAGCUGGAUGUUUACCUGGCAGAGCUGACAAAGAUAGGAAAGAGCCAGAAGUAUACUCUGUCUGUGGACGUGGAGGGAGGACGACUGGUGGUGAUGAAGAAAGUGAAGGACAGCCAAGAGGACUGGACCACCUUCACACAUGACAAAAUCCGUCAGCUGAUCAAGUCUCAGCGGGUGCAGAAUAAACUGGGCAUUGUUUUUGAGAAGGAAAAGGACAAGAGCCAGAGGAAAGACUUCAUAUUUGCUAGUGCCAAGAAGCGGGAGGCAUUUUGCCAGCUGCUGCAGCUGAUGAAGAAUAAACAUUCCAACCAGGACGAGCCAGACAUGAUCUCCAUCUUUAUAGGCACCUGGAAUAUGGGCUCAGUGCCAUCGCCUAAGUCUGUGGCCUCAUGGGUGUUGUGUCGCGGCCUCGGGAAGACUCUAGACGAAAUGACGGUCACCAUCCCCCAUGACCUUUAUGUGUUUGGCAGCCAAGAAAACUCUGUGUGUGAUCGUGAGUGGGUGGAGUCGCUGCGUGCCAUGUUGAAAGAACAGACAGAACUGGAUUAUAAACCGAUCGCAGUGCAGACUCUGUGGAACAUAAAAAUUGCCGUGUUGGUGAAACCGGAGCACGAGAACCGGAUCAGCCACGUGGGAAUGUCCAGUGUCAAGACGGGCAUCGCCAACACACUGGGCAACAAAGGAGCUGUGGGUGUGUCCUUCAUGUUCAACGGGACAUCUUUCGGCUUUGUGAAUUGUCACUUGACAUCAGGAAAUGAGAAGAUAGCCAGGAGGAACCAGAACUAUCUGGAUAUCCUACGGCUGCUCUCCCUAGGAGACAAGCAGCUGAGCUCCUUUGACAUCUCACUGCGCUUCACACACCUUUUCUGGCUGGGAGACCUCAACUACAGGCUGGAUAUGGACAUACAGGAGAUUUUAAACUACAUUAACAGGAAGGAGUUUGACCCCCUGCUGAAGGUGGACCAGCUCAACCUGGAGAGGGAGAAGAACAAAGUGUUUUUACGCUUCGCGGAGGAAGAGAUCGCAUUCCCACCCACCUACCGUUAUGAACGUGGCUCACGGGACACAUAUGUCUGGCAGAAGCAGAAGGCCACAGGGAUGAGGACUAAUGUUCCCUCCUGGUGUGACAGGAUCCUGUGGAAGUCAUACCCAGAAACGCACAUUGUCUGCAACUCCUAUGGCUGUACAGAUGAUAUAGUGACCAGUGAUCAUUCCCCAGUGUUUGCUACCUUCGAGGUGGGGGUGACCUCCCAGUUUGUCUCCAAGAAAGGUCUGCCAAAAUCUUCAGAGCAGGCCUACAUUGAGUUUGAGAGCAUUGAGGCCAUAGUGAAGACGGCGAGCAGAACCAAGUUCUUCAUCGAAUUCUACUCCACCUGUCUGGAAGAGUUCAAGAAGAGCUAUGAGAACGACAGUCAGAGCAGUGACAACGUCAACUUCCUGCGUGUGGGCUGGUCCAACAAGCAGCUAACGACGCUCAAACCUCUCCUCUCGGAGAUCGAGUACCUGCAGGACCAGCAUCUGCUGCUCACAGUGAAGUCACUGGAUGGAUACGAGUCCUACGGAGAGUGUGUGUUGGCUCUGAAGUCUAUGAUUGGCAGCACAGCACAGCAGUUCCACACCUACCUGUCCCACCGUGGUGAGGAAACAGGAAAUAUCAGGGGUUCCAUGAGGGUCAGAGUGCCUUCCGAAAGGAUGGGCACCAGGGAGAGACUCUACGAGUGGAUCAGUGUGGACAAGGAUGAGACAGGCGGACCAAAAGGGAAAUCCACUUUGGUAUCCAGAGUGGGACACGAAUACGUCAAGCCAUCUGUAGUUCGUAAACAGCUUGGGGAGCUGGGAAAGGUCAGUGAGGAGGGAGAAAGGAGCACCAAAGAUGAAACAGCUGCAAGGCCUAAACAGGAUGCACCUGACGGUGAUCCAUCCAUCAGCAAGAACAGCUACAAUAAUCCCGCCUACUACAUCCUGGAGGGCGUUCCCAACCAGUCGGCAGCUGCUCUUUCACCUGAGCUUCUCCCAUCUCCUACCUCUGCAAAUCCCCAGGUAGCUAAAGUCACUCCUCCCUCAGCUGGAGCUCGAACCAAACCCCCACCUUAUGUGGCCUCAGGGUCCUGUCAUGCACGCAGACCCAUGACGGGGCACCCGGUCCGUGCUAUCAGCGAGGAGGGCUCCUCAGAGGACGAUGGUGGCGUCUGUGUAGCAGGAGCGCAGGGGGGCGGUGUUGGAACAACAGUUGGAAGCACACUAAAUCGACCCCCUCCUGACUUCCCCCCUCCUCCUCUCCCUAAGGGAGCUUUGGAGAUGGUUACAGAGGCCCCCUUCCCAAAACCUCGCCCUCUUUACCCAGAUUUAGCUGAGGUCAGGAUCCCAGCAGCCAGUCCUGCUGCCCCGCUGGCCCUCGGAGAGGGUUUUAGACGAGGAGGUGGGGGAGUUGGCGUUGGACCAGGGGCACUGGACGACCAGUCGUGUUCUGUGCUCCAGAUGGCAAAGACACUGAGUGAAAGUGAGUUUCCUGGGCAGCCUCCGCGCGCUCCUUCUGCUCCGCCGCCUCUUAGAGGGCAGCCGACGGGUUUAGGUCUGGACGCGUGCCGCACCUUCCCACCCAGAAAUGCCAUCACAGAGAGCAUCGCAGAAGACAUGCCAGAGGAGGCACUCUGGGGCAGCAGUAGCUCAUCUUUGUCUGUUGGGGAGUCCUCAGUAGGGGAGUGGCUGCAGAGACUGGGACUAGAGAGGUAUGAGCAGGGUCUUCUACACAACGGCUGGGACGACCUGGAGUUCCUCAGUGACAUCACGGAGGAGGACCUGGAGGAGGCGGGAGUGCUCGACCCCACCCACAAGCGAAUCCUGCUGGAGAGCCUCAGGCAGCAGCAACAGAAAUAAACUGUAUCCAACUGGUCCAAACCGGUCCUGGUACCAGACUAGGUCCAAAGAGGGUAGAUCUCAGCUGAACUGAACUGAGCUGGAACGUGCCAAUCGAUGCCAGACUGUGCCUUCUGAGAGAAAUUGCACUCUAUUUGUACUUUCAAAAAAAUACUUUCUUCAUCCUUUUUCACAUGUACUGUAUGUGUGUUGCGGUUGAGGUGGCCUUAUUUAAUGAGAAUCAUUUGAGUCCUUCAAGCAUCACUACAUAACCCCUCGGCUUUAAACCUAGCUAGAAGAUGCAGGAUGAGAUAAUAUUGUUUUUCUGGCCAGACAGAAUUGGAGAUACGUCUCACGUGUUGAGCAGCUGAUGCCUUGAUGUCGUGUCAUGUGUGUCGUUCCACCAGUUCUGACCUGCAGCUUCAAGCUAGCGUUGACACUCGUCUUCCCUUUCUUUGUCCUGAGAAACCUAAACUGAGGAGUGACCGAGUUUAAGACUCUUCACGCAUGGGAAAUUGCAGACUUUCAAGUUUAAAGCUGGAAGGACUUUUUGUUGGAAAGCAGAGCCUUGAAAACACACCGUCUGUGUUUUGUAGUUCAGACAGCAAAGUGCUCUUCUCUGAGUCUCAGGUUCUCCCCCACUUAAGGUCACAGGCAGAAGUGUGUGGGAAUUGAGAGCACUCAAGGGUAAUGUCAGCCCACAGCUCGGGCAGUGUGACCCCCUUGCUUCUGUGACGGUGGCGGACAGGAAGUGGUGACAGCAGAGGAGCUAGCCCUCACUCGCAUCAGGCUAAAGUUGCCUCAACUUUUGUGAUGAUGUUUGGGCCACUGUUGUUUAAAUGGUGGUAUUUAUUGUGCCCGUGUCUCUGCACAUAUUUAUGUUUUACUUGUGUUUGUUUUUUAUGAUAAAGGGAAUAUGGAGCAAACCAACCAAACCAGUCCAUUCAGAGCUAAAAGUGCAAAAUUUAACAGCGCCUGCCCCAGGUGUGAUUUUUACACACUCGGCACUGACAUUUCGGCUUUAUUGACUGUGAUUUCUGACAAUUGCAAAGUGUGACAAGUUAGUAACAUUAUAUUUCCAGAAACCCUUAAAUGACACGUGCAGCACAUGGGUUCUUGACACAGCAUUUGGUUGACUGGUCAAGAUAAUAAAGUAGGUAAGGCAAUAAAAUCACAAGUAUACACAAGGGUAAUAAAUGCUGCACCAAAGUGAAAUGUCACUUUGAAGAUUUAACCCAGUGCAUGUCUCACCUUAAUUGUCUGUGAGUACUUUAAAUUUUAAUUUACAGAAAAAGACAAGUCUAUUUUAGAAUCACUUGACCCGGGUUUGACCCAUUUCAUUUUAAUUCUUGUAAAUGAAGCAGUGUUCAGGGAUUUGAAUAACAUAGCCAAAUAGAUGAAGUAGUUGUUGUUAUACUGAAGAUUUACUAAGCCAUCAUAUUGUCAUUGCAUUGGAGAAACCAUUUGUCACCAAAACAUUUUUCUUUCCUGUAAUAUAGCUACUUUGACAGAUUUGUCUUAUUUUAAUUUGUUUGUUUUUUGUUACAUUACUAGAGACAUGAGAAGACGUAAAAAACAAAGAACUAAAAUCUAUGCAGGACACAGAUGGUGUGAGGGCUGUUGUUGUUCCACGAUUUAACCAGCAGGUGCCGCUGCUUCGCCAUAAAUUUAAUCAAUAGAUGCUCACUAUUGAAACUAAGACACAAUAUAUAUGUAAGACAAAAUCGAGUCAUGUUCAGUGAAAGGAGUUGUACUUUAUAGUUAUUCUCCAUGGUUUGUUUAUAUGUCCUUUAGCAGUUACACAUCCGUGAGUUAACUUACCUGUUUGUGUUCAGACUGCCUUUAUUUGUUCUUAAUUUAAAUCCUGCCUCCUCUUCUGCCCGUGAGACUAGAAGCCCAGCCGAUAAACCGUUUAUCGUUGUUUUUUAAGGGAUGCUUACGUGGCUUCACGUAGACACACCGGACACCUUUCCUUACCUACCGGAACCAGACCUCUAAAGUCUGUUGUUGCAUAACUGGGACACAAAUACAUCCUUGAAUUAUGUUGCUUACACACACACAGCCUUAGAUUCAGCUAUCCGCCUGUGUGACGUGUUGUGCAAUGUGUCUAAUCCUUUAACAGCCAAACAACGAGAACUCAGAGAAAAACCUGUUAAAUCUUUUUAAGCCGUUUUGGCCUUUCAGCGUUCUUGGUUAUGUGUGUAUGUGUGUGUGUGUGUGUUUGUUUGACUGUGUGUGUGUGUGUUUGCGUGCGUGUGUAUGAGUGAAAAAGAGACUUGUUUUCUCUGACACACUCCAUUUUAUCUUGUUCUUUCAUGUAGUCUCCUCUUUUGGUUAUGUUAAUGUAAGUUGUUCAGCCGAGUAAUUUUGUCGUUGUUGUUUUUUUUUUCAAUUAAAAUCUAACAUAUUUACUUA